AUGACCCGUGGACGGCCUGGAGUCUGGGUGCACCUGCGCUCUCCUCUCGAAGUGACGGCUUCCCGCUGCUGGGACAGUGGGCGCGGCCGCUUGAAGCAGGGCUCACCACCCGCAGCUCGCUCCGCAGUUUUCGGUUUUGACGGCUCUUUACAAGUGUUGUUUUUCUUCUCUCCUAGGGACACAAUGGUAGCCACAGGCAGAAGGCAGAGGCCGAGGAGGCUAGCAUGUUGGGCCUUGAUGACUGUGCUCUUGGCAGACCUGUUGGCACUGAGUGACACACUGGCAGUGAUGUCUGUGGACCUGGGCAGCGAGUCUAUGAAGGUGGCCAUCGUCAAACCUGGAGUACCCAUGGAGAUUGUCUUGAACAAGGAGUCCCGGAGGAAAACCCCAGUGACGGUGACCCUGAAAGAAAAUGAAAGAUUCUUUGGCGACAGUGCGGCCAGCAUGGCCAUCAAGAACCCAAAGGCUACGCUGCGUUACUUCCAGCACCUCCUGGGGAAGCAGGAGAAUAACCCCCAUGUAGCCCUUUACAAAGCUCGUUUCCCCGAGCAUGAGCUGGGCUUUGACCCACAGAGGCAGACUGUGUACUUCCAAAUCAGCCCGCAGCUACAGUUCUCACCGGAGGAGGUCUUCAGCAUGCUUCUCAACUACUCCCGGUCUCUGGCUGAAGAUUUUGCAGAGCAACCCAUCAAGGAUGCAGUGAUCACUGUACCAGCCUUCUUCAAUCAGGCUGAGCGCCGAGCUGUGCUGCAGGCUGCGCGAAUGGCUGGCCUCAAGGUGCUGCAGCUCAUCAAUGACAACACCGCCACCGCCCUCAGCUAUGGUGUCUUCCGCCGGAAAGAUAUCAACAGCACUGCCCAGAAUAUCAUGUUCUAUGACAUGGGCUCAGGCAGCACCGUGUGCACCAUCGUGACCUACCAGACGGUGAAGACUAAGGAUGCGGGGAUGCAGCCACAGCUGCAGAUCCGGGGUGUGGGGUUUGACCGUACCCUGGGGGGCCUGGAGAUGGAGCUCCGCCUGCGUGAGCACCUGGCCGGGCUCUUCAAUGAGCAGCGCAGGGGUCAGAGAGCGAAGGAUGUGCGGGAGAACCCUCGUGCCAUGGCCAAGCUGCUGCGUGAGGCCAAUCGGCUGAAGACCGUUCUGAGCGCCAAUGCCGACCACGUGGCCCAGAUCGAGGGCCUGAUGGACGAUGUGGAUUUCAAGGCAAAGGUGACUCGAGCGGAGUUUGAAGAGUUGUGUGCAGACUUGUUUGAGCGGGUCCCUGGGCCCGUGCAGCAGGCGCUACAGAGUGCAGAGAUGAAACUGGAUGAGAUUGAGCAGGUGAUCCUGGUGGGCGGGGCCACUCGCGUCCCCAAAGUGCAGGAGGUGCUGCUGAAGGCUGUGGGCAAGGAGGAGCUGGGGAAGAACAUCAAUGCUGAUGAAGCCGCCGCCAUGGGGGCCGUGUACCAGGCGGCCGCGCUCAGCAAAGCCUUCAAGGUGAAGCCUUUUGUCGUCCGGGAUGCGGUGAUCUACCCCAUCCUGGUGGAGUUCACGAGGGAGGUGGAGGAGGAGACUGGGGUUCGCAGCCUGAAGCACAAUAAGCGCAUCCUCUUCUCCCGCAUGGGACCCUACCCUCAACGCAAAGUCAUCACCUUUAACCGCUACAGCCAUGACUUCAACUUCCACAUCAACUACGGUGACCUGGGCUUCCUAGGGCCUGAGGAUCUUCGGGUAUUUGGCUCGCAGAAUCUGACCACGGUGAAGCUAAAAGGUGUGGGUGAGAGCUUCAAGAAGUAUCCUGACUACGAGUCCAAGGGCAUCAAGGCUCACUUCAACCUGGACGAGAGCGGCGUGCUCAGCCUGGACAGGGUGGAGUCUGUGUUUGAGACGCUGGUGGAGGACAGCCCAGAAGAGGAAUCUACUCUGACCAAACUUGGCAACACCAUCUCCAGCCUGUUUGGAGGUGGCAGCACACCAGAUACUAAAGAAAAUGGUACUGACACAGUCCAGGAGGAGGAGGAAGGGCCUGCUGAGGGGAGCAAGGACGAGCCUGGAGAGCAAGCAGAGCUCAAGGAGGAAGCUGAGGCCCCAGCAGAGGACACCUCUUCGCCCCCACCCCCUGAGGCUAAGGGGGCUGCAGCCCCUGAGGGAGAAAAGGCCGCAGAGAAAGACGGCGGGGACAAGCCUGAGGCACAGAAGCCAAGCGAGAAGGGGGAGGCGGGGUCUGAGGGUGCUCCUCCAGCCCCGGAGGAAGAAAAGAAGCAGAAACCAGCCCGGAAGCAGAGGAUGGUGGAGGAGAUCGGGGUGGAGCUGGUCAUCCUGGACCUGCCCGACUUGCCUGAGGACCAGCUGGCCCGCUCGGCCCAGAAACUCCAGGACCUGACACUCCGGGACCUGCAAAAGCAGGAACGGGAGAAAGCAGCCAACAGCUUGGAAGCCUUCAUCUUUGAGACCCAGGAUAAGCUGUACCAGCCUGAGUACCAGGAAGUGUCGACCGAGGAGCAGCGCGAGGACAUCUCUGGGAAGCUCAGCACCGCGUCCACUUGGCUGGAGGAUGAGGGCUUUGGGGCCACCACAGCGAUGUUGAAGGAGAAGCUGGCUGAGCUACGGAAGCUGUGCCACGGGCUGUUUUUUCGGGUGGAAGAGCGCAAGAAGUGGCCCGAACGGCUGUCUGCCCUGGAUAAUCUCCUCAAUCAUUCCAGCAUGUUCCUCAAGGGGGCCCGGCUCAUCCCAGAGAUGGACCAGAUCUUCACUGAAGUGGAGAUGACAACGUUAGAGAAAAUCAUCAAUGAGACCUGGGCCUGGAAGAACACAACCGUGGCCGAGCAGGCCAAGCUUCCCGCCACAGAGAAGCCCGUGUUGCUCUCGAAAGACAUCGAGGCCAAGAUGGCGGCCCUGGACCGUGAGGUGCAGUAUCUGCUCAAUAAGGCCAAGUUCGCCAAGCCCCGGCCCCGGCCCCGGGACAAGAACGGGACCCGGGCAGAGGCUCCCCUCAAUGCCAGUGCCAGUGACCAGAGCGAGAAGGUCAUCCCUCCACCAGGCCAGACUGAAGACACGAAGCCCAUCCCAGAACCCGAGAAGGAGGCUGCAGGAUCUGAAGCAGCAGACUCUGAGCCUCUGGAAUUAGGGGGUCCUGCAGCAGAAUCCGAACAGAAAGAACACCCAGAACAACCGACAGGACAGAAGCGAACUUUGAAGAAUGAUGAACUAUAA